CACCUGCAGUGGCAGAUGCUCGGGAGAUUACCGCAGGUGGUGGUGCCGCUGAUAGACAGGUGUUGUAUUACAAUACAAACCCUAAUUCCUGUUUCACAACUCCCCCCGUGGGUUUUAAGGAGGGCCGGGGCGGUCCUGCCCCAGUGCGAGCGCGGUGUGGGCACCGAGCGCAGGCACAGGGCUGGGGAGCAUCGCCCGCCGCCUCCGGGGCACCGGGGCAGCCGCAGCCUCCCUGUGCCCGCUCCGGGGACAGCAGCGGCGAUUCCGCAGGCGGAGGGAGCACUCCGGAGCUGCACGGACAUGGACUCGGCCUCGGAGCGGCUCGAUGGCAGAGGUCCCUGCAUGAGACCCAAAUCCUCCAGGGCACUGGAGUCCUUCAAGAGGGUCGGGAUCCUCGUCCUGGCCGUGGUGCUCACCCUCGCCUGCCUGGUCGCCAUCGGGUUCCUGGUGAAGAUUUACCUGGACAACCACUACCUGUUCUGCAAGCAGCCCCUGAAGCUGGUGCCUCUGAAGCAGGUGUGUGACGGGCAGCUGGACUGUCUGCAGGGCGAGGACGAGGCCAACUGUCCCCAGUGGGUCCCCGAGGGGCCACCAGCCGGGGCCCGCGUUUCCAAAGACAGAUCCAUCCUGCAGGUGCUCAACAGCCACACUGGAGCCUGGUCUUGUGUGUGCCACGACCACUUCACCCCGGAGCUGGCCAGAGCUGCCUGUGAGCAGAUGGGCUACAGCAGCACCCCAACCUUCCAGGGCGUGGAGGUGAGCGCGGGGCAGCCUCUGCCUCCCCGCGAGGUCGUGCUGAGCAACGGGAGCCUCCAGGUGCUUGAGCCAGGCAGGAAAUGCCUCUCAGGGUUGGUCGUGUCGCUCUUUUGUUCCAACUGCGGGCAGAGCGUGAGGACCCCGCGGGUGCUGGGGGGCAGCCCGGCUGCCAUCGAGGCGUGGCCGUGGCAGGUGAGCCUGCAGUACAGGAAGGAGCACAUCUGCGGGGGCAGCAUCAUCGCGCCUGGCUGGGUGCUGACAGCCGCGCACUGCUUCAAGAACAACCCCAUCAUCCAGAGCUGGCGGGUGAGGGCCGGCUCCGAGCUCCUGUCGGGCGCUGCCACCUUGGCCGUGGAGAAGGUGUUCCUGGCAGAGGUGACACCUGCGUCUCCCAAGGACAAUGAUAUCGCCCUGGUGAAGCUGCGCUCCCCCGUGCGUGACUCAGACAGCACCAAGCCCAUCUGCCUGCCCUAUUUUGAUGAGGAGCUGGUGCCGGGCACACCCCUGUGGGUGAUCGGCUGGGGCUACACAGAGGAGCACGGGAAGCUGUCGGAGCGCCUGCAGCAGGCCGAGGUGGAGCUCAUCGACGAGCGGAGCUGCAAUCUGGCCGCCUACCACGGCGAUGUCACCGACAGGAUGCUGUGUGCCGGCCUGCCCCAGGGCGGCGUGGACACCUGCCAGGGGGACAGCGGCGGGCCCCUGCUGUACUCGGGAGGGCACUGGCAGGUCGUGGGCAUCGUCAGCUGGGGCCAGGGCUGCGGGACCCCCAGCACUCCCGGCGUCUACACCAGCGUCCGCGCCUACCUCGACUGGAUCUACGCCGUGCGCAGGUCGGAGCUCUGAGACCUGCCGGAACAGGUCCCUCCUCGUCCCGAGCCUCCCUUCCCAUCCCUGUGCCCCUGCUCUGGCAGCGACAGGGACAUGGAUCUGCAGCCACGGAAGGUGAGCAGAGGCUCCCAAAGCCUCGCUGGCAGCUGUGAUUUAGGAUGCCAGAGCCCAGCCAAGGAGGCAAAGGGUGACUCGGAGUGUCAGCCACUGAUCCUGUGAAGGAAUCUCACUGGCUCAAGCUCCCUUCCGGAGAAAGAUUUAUUUAUUAUCCUGUGCUGACCCCGCUGUGGCAGGAUGGCUCCUGGGGGGCCAAGCUGCUCUCAGCUCACUCCUGUUGUACAGAGAGAAAUGAUGUUUGUGCUCUAGAGCAUCACCCUAUUCUCAUUAAAGGAAAGGAUUUGUUUUUUCA